UUGAUACACAGUGGACCAAGUUCUUCAUCUUAAAUUAUUAAUAAAGUAGAAGUUAAAGACAGUGAAAUCCAAACAAUUAUAAGGUGAAGCUAUCUAUCAAUUCUUAGAGGUUACAUGCCUAAAGUAAAAGUUUCAUUGGAAACCCAAAAAAGAGAUCCUUUUCUAUCCUUUCGGUGCUUGAAUUCCACAACUUUGUACACUUCUUUUCUACUCUCUCCCAUUCGCCAUUGUUACAUAUAGAUUGAAACAUGGUUUUAAACUAUGGCAAUUGAAGUUUUGGCAGAGAUUUCAAGCCCAAGAAUCUCGUUUUCUGACGAUCUCGACCAAGAAGAUGGGGUAGAUUCCAUUGAAGAAUGUCAUCAUCAGAGAUUAGACACAUCACUCUUAAAUCCAACAUCGGAUUUCGAUUUCUGUUUUGUCAAUAAUAGUUUCGUUCAAGAACUCCCUUCAGCUGAUGAGCUCUUUUCCAAUGGCAAGAUUCGACCAAUUGAGAUAAAGGAAAAAGCUGUGGUUGCGAAUCGGGUUCGUCGUCAACUCCAACCUGUUGCUGUUGUUCGUUCUUCACCCCAGCAGAUCAAAACAGAUAACCCAGAGAAGAAAAGAUUGAAAGAAUUUCUAUUAAUGAGCAUUGAUGAAGAUGAUAAGCCUGCCUCAUCCAAAUCUUUCUGGCAGUUUAACAGAAGCAGUAGUCUCAACUGUGAAAGUGGUCGAAGUAAAAGCUUAAUCCGGUCACUUCAAUUUCUUACACGCAGUAAUUCAACAGGUUCAACUCCAAUUCCAAAAGAAACCCAGAAACAGCCAUCUUUGACAAGAAGAUCAUCAGUGUCAAGUUCUUCUUCUGGUACGUUUUAUUAUACUUAUUAUGGUAAUUCUACACAAAAGCCUGCAUUAAAGAAGAGUUGUGGAGCACAUGGGAAUGGAGUUCGAGUGAGUCCUAUUUUGAAUCUUCCAAAUCCAAUCAUUUCUAAUGCAACUGUAAGCUUUUUUGGGUUUGGCUCACUCUUCUGUAAUGGUAAGACCAAAACGAAGAAAAGAUGAACAGUUUUCAGUUCAUAUUAAAUAUUUAAGUACAGUUGGGUAUUUUAUCUGGCCAUGAAUUUGUGAAUGUGGUUAGCAUAUCUGUAAAUUAGAAGAAUUGAAUUUAGUAAAAGAAAGAGAUUAGAUCUAAA